UGUAGCAUUUCCGGCUACUCUUGUCUGCUAAGGGAAGUGUCCUCCAUGGUGUCAUUGUAGGUCUGUCGAGGUUGAACGUUCAAGAAUAAUAAUGUCUGGCUACCCACCAGACGAGAAGCUGCGCUUCCAGCAGCUAGUGAAGCUCCGGAGGCAGUGGCUAAAGGACCAGGAGCUCAGUCACAGGGAGCCAGUGCAGCAGCCCAAACCUCUCGGGCCUGUCGCUAAGUUCUGGGCCGGGUUUCUGGAGCCGAAGAGUCUGUGGAGGCUUUAUACCUACCAGGUGUACAAAGGUGGUGUUUUCACAUUAACACGGCUGCUGAUACCUGCCUGGCUUGCCCACUACUAUGUGAAAUACCACGCUGCUCAAAGACCUUAUGGCAUCGUGCACCUAAAACCCAGGCUUUUCCCUGGUGACACCAUUGUUGAGACGGGUGAAGUUCUUCCUGGUCUCCCUGAAACACAUGGCCAUCACUGAACCUGAAAUAUUUCAUUAAUUUUCUUGAGUUUCUGUUGUAAAAAAAACCCCUGUAUAUUACAAAAAUAAACUGUGUACUUUAUGCACAAGAACAUGG